UAUUCCUGGAUACUGAAAAACAAGCGCCCAGACAAACUGCGAGACACACUCAAGGAGGUAGAGGACUUAAUGCAAAACAGUCAAUGUGUGCUGAGCAAAUGGAAGAACAAACAUAUCUGUCAGCUCCUCUUUCACUCAGGUAUACUGGUGUCCCUAAGCCUUUCUGGGCCACAGCUGGAGAAAGUGGUGAUUGACAGGACCCUGGUGGGGAAGCUCAUCUCCAACACCAUCAGUGAUGCGGUUCUUACAGACAGUUUCAUCAUCUUGUCGUUUGAGGACCAUAACCAGCUCUGUUUUAUUCAGUUUACAAAGAAAAUGGAUUCAUCGGAUGUAAACAAAAGACUGGAAAAGCUCUCUUGUUUGGACUUCAAGGUUUCUUAUAUUGAUACAUUUGGACCAGAAGGUAGAAGGAUGAAACGUCACCUGGCAAUAAACUCUGUGCAAGAUACGGUCAUUUGCUGGUGGUCAGCAACUAGUGAUGGAGCAUGGCCUUGGUCUCCUAUUUCCUGUGAGAGGGAUAGAGCCAACCUAUUGCUAUUAGGUUGUGCACAUGGCAAAUUGGAGGUUCUGAGUUACGUCCGUACAGAAUGGGAUCCACUCGAUGCAAGCUUCAGCACUAAUCAGCCUGAUCAGGUUUACACAGUGGAGCACUCCAUCUCCGCAGACAAAGAGCCCAUGGCUGACAGUUGCGUCUACAAGUGUGUUAGGAACAAAAUGCAGUGUGUGGCAGUCACCAGAAUACCACUACGAUCCAAGGCCAUCAGCUGUUGCAGGGAUGUUACCGAAGACAAACUAGUCCUGGGUUGUGAAGAUUCGUCAGUAAUUCUGUAUGACGCCUACAACCAAGUGACUCUGUUAGCCCAAGCAGAACUGCUGCCUGCUUUAAUAACCUACCACCCUUCCGGAGCCAUAUUCAUGGUUGGCAGCUCUCAAGGGGAGCUGCAACUUUUUGACACGGCACUGUCCCCAGUUAAAAUUCAGCUCUUGGCACAAGACUAUUCACCUGCGGCAACACUGCAAUUCAGUAAACACUUUGACGUGCCUAGCAGCCUCAUCCAGAUCCAGUGGGCUGCUCCUCAAGUUGCCCCUGCCAGCACUGACAGUACCAGUAUUCAUGAUCUUUUGUUUGUUAGAUUCGACAAAGGACCCUUAGGAGUACUUCAGUUUAAACUUGGUGUGUUCACAAGAGGGCAGCUGGGCCUUGUGGAAAUCAUCCACCAAUAUAUUCGUUACGAUGAGAUACAUGAGGCAAUUAAUGUCCUGAACACCAUGAACUGGAACACGAUGGGUCAGCAGUGCUACAUAUGCUUGAGUGCCAUUGUUAAUCACCUUCUUAAACAAAAGCUUACACCGGACAGAGAAGCACAGCUUGAGGCAAGCCUUGGAACCUUUUAUGCUCCAACAAGACCCCUCUUGGAUACAACCGUGCUGGAGUACAGAAACCCAAUCAGCAGAUAUGCAAGAAGGUUCUUCCACCACCUGCUCAGGUAUCAGAGAUUUGAAAAAGCAUUUCUGCUGGCUGUUGACAUAGGUGCUCGGGAUCUGUUUAUGGACAUCCAUUACCUUGCACUAGAUAAGGGUGAAUUGGCACUAGCUGAAGUGGCAAAGAAAAAGGCUAAUGACAUUGAUGCAGAAUCAAUAACUACUAGAAUUGAGUUUCUGGGGCAGUCAGAUGAAGAAGACCCAUCUCAGGAAGCUUUCAUUGACCGAUCUUCAGAGCACGAAGGAGAGCACAGUCCACCUGCUCCCUCUCUGGCCAUCAGAUCACCAGUGCAGAGCUGCUCCCACAGACCCACCAGCCACAGACAGGCAGAGGACACCGAGCGUAAGCCUGGAGUGGAUGGCCAUGCCGCCUCCCUGAUGGGGAAACCCUUUUCCAGCAGCCAGGAAGGAAAUUUGAGAGCAGUUCCUCCAGAGCAG